CUUUUCCGAGAAUGUAGUAGUAGGCUUUGUUAGUAGAAUAGGCUUCAGGAAGCAAAAUGGAUGUGCUUUCUUAAUUCGGAACAACAAAACACGCAUGUGACCAUUUAGAAGUAGAAAUUAAAAUUGUAAAUCCUGAUUGGCAGAAAAGUCAAAUUCGCGGAAAACAGUGCUAGAAAAGUGUUUGUUUUUUUCGUUAACAAAUGAAGUGAAGUUAAGUGUAAACAGUGCAUCGUGGGCAUCACAUGGAUGUGAAAGACGCCGGAAAAACAACAGAUAAAGGCCACGUGACGUGGACGGGACACUUCUAAAUCUUAAAAGCAGAAGAAGAAGAAGUUGUGGAUGACCAAGAGACCAAUAUAAAGAAAAGGGAAUUCAAAUUCUGCUCAUUUUUCGUAAGUUUUAAAAAAAUUAAGAAGGGGAAAAUUUUAAGAGGAUGUCGGAGCCAAAAGGAAAACCUAUGGGUCGAGGUCGUGGCCGAGGAAGAACACCGCAAACUGCAGAAAAGGGAGCUGAGUCUCCUCAGAAAGGACCCGUGCAAGCGCCUGCAGCAUGGAGUCGACCAUCACAACCCCCAUCAGCUGCAGCUCCUCCUCCAUCUUCUGGACCUUCUGGUCCUGUCCAACAAGUCCCGAGAGGACCACCUUCAGCUUGGGGUCGAGCUAGUCACAGAGCUACUCCUGCGCCUGAACAACCUAUCCCACCUGUUUCCGCCAAGUCAUCUGUUGUUCCUGUUGGGACUUCAUCGGCAUCAGGUGGAGAAGUCGUUGGAAGAGGUGGAAUGCGUGGUGGCAGGAGACUCAACGAAGCCGAAUGUCUUCUGACUAAGCCUGCACAAUGCGCAACCAAAAAAGGAACUUACGGGACAAAGAUAGAGCUGCAAUCGAAUUAUUUCCAAAUGAUAACAAAGAAUUGGUGCUUGUACCAAUAUCGGGUAGAUUUUUCCCCGGAAGAAGAUCGAACUUUUGUUCGCAAGGGUCUUCUGCGUAUCCAUCAUGAGACAAUUGGUGCCUACAUUUUCGAUGGCACUGUUUUGUUCACCAGCUCAAGACUUCCGGAGGGAAUGGAACUCUUCUCAAUGAGGCAAUCCGACCAAGAGAAAAUCCGAAUUUCAUUGAGAAUGGUCGGCGAAUUGCAGAAGGGAGACCACCACUACAUCCAGUUUUUCAACAUUGUCAUGAGAAAAUGUCUCGACAAUUUGAAAUUGCAGCUUGUUGGGCGAAACUUUUAUGAUCCAGCGAACAAGAUUCAAAUUCACGGAGUCGAUGUUCCUAUCCAAAUCUGGCCGGGAUAUGUAACUUCAAUUCGACAAUGCGAGUACAGUAUUCUGAUGUGUGCCGAAAUUUCGCACAAAGUGAUGCAGGACCGAACUGUGUUGCAUUUGCUCGGCGCAAUUUACGAUUCGUACAGAGAUUUCAGGAAACAUUUCUCGGCCGCCAUUUUGGGACAAGUGGUCCUCACUGUCUACAAUAAUAAUACCUAUCGGAUUGACGAUGUCGACUAUUCGGUCACGCCGAAUUCGACCUUUAAAUUGCGAAACGGAGAGUCGAUUUCGUACAUUGACUAUUACAAAAGCAGGUAUGGAAUUAAUGUGACGAACAUAACGCAGCCGAUGUUGGUCUCCAGGUCGAAGCCGAAGGAUCGGCGAGCUGGGGAGGCGGAACUUAUUUAUCUGAUGCCGGAGCUCUGCAGGCUCACUGGAAUAACCGACGAGAUGAGGGCAAGUUUUAAAACUAUGGGCGCAUUGGCCGAACAUACAAAAUUGGAACCCAGAACUCGAAUUAAGCGCCUUUUGUCUUUUAAUCAGCGCCUACUGUCGGAACCAAAAAUAGCAAAGGAACUUACAGAUUGGGGACUGAAACUUGACAAUAAACUGGUCAGUGUUUCGGCUCGAGUUAUUCCAAGAGAUAAAAUUCUCUUGGGAGAUUCAGUCUUUGUCACGCCUCAAGGAAACUGGGAUAAUGAGUUAAGAUCGAAAAAAAUGUUCAUUAUUGCCGAUCUUAAAGACUGGGUCAUUCUCGUGACGAAAAGAAAUAAACUCGAAGCAAAGGAGCUGCUUAGCAGUCUCAAGAAAGUUGCCGCAGGAAUGCAUUUCCAUAUUGCCGAGCCAAGAUUUUACGAAAUUGAUUAUGAUCGAUCCAGCGCGUAUACCGAGGCUCUUGAGAUGAUCAUGAGCCAAACAAAUCCACAAAUGAUCAUGUGCAUCGUGACAAACAACGAUCUUGAUCGAUACUCGGCCAUCAAGAAGAAGUGUUGCGUCGAUCGGCCCGUUUUGUCUCAGGUUGUGAUCAGGAGGACUAUUAUGUCCAAAGGAAAGCCGAAUUUGACCGCGGCGACCAAAAUCGCCAUUCAGAUGAACACCAAACUUGGUGGUGCCCCAUGGACCGUCGAAAUACCUCAAGGCAAUUUUAUGGUUGCCGGUUUUGAUGUCUGCCACGACAAGACAACCAAGGGCCGAGAUUUUGGAGCUCUCGUGGCAUCUCUCGACAAAAAUUUUACGCGGUACUUCAGUGCCGUGAGUGCACACACCUCGGGCGAGGAACUUUCCAAUGAUUUGUCAGUAAACAUGUGCAAAGCUGUUGCCAAGUACCGGGAACUCAACAAAGUCCUGCCCUCGACGAUCAUCUUCUACAGAGACGGUGUCGGCGAGGGACAGGUUCCAUUUGUCUAUGAAAUCGAAGUCGAGGAACUGAAGAACAAACUCCUUGGAUUGUACGGAGACGUUUCGAAAUUAAAACUCAUUUUCUUGAUUGUCACCAAGCAAAUCAACACGCGAUUCUUCUACAAUGGAAGUAAUGCACCCGCUGGAACGAUCGUCGACGAUGUCAUUACCAAUCCUUCCAGAUUCGACUUCUACCUCGUUUCCCAAAGCGGAGGAAAAGGAACAAUCACUCCCUCGGGAUACAACGUAAUUUUCGAUUCUUCCGGUUGGGGUCCAGACAAAAUCCAGAGGAUGACCUAUAAAUUAACGCAGAUGUACUUCAAUUUUACCGGGGCAGUUAAGGUUCCCGCGCCUUGCCAAUACGCCCACAAAUUGGCCGCUUUAGUCGCUCAGGCGAUCCAAAAACCUCCGAGUAUCCAGCUCGAAACUCUCCUUUACUAUUUGUAAUUUGAUCAUGCUUUUUUUUUUUUACUUUAUUUGAUUUGCAUGAUCAAUUUUUUCAAAAUUUGACUAAAUUUUAUGCUUUUUUAAUGGAUUCGGACAUAUAUUUUUUUUAAUACUUUUAAUUAGAUUUAUAAGAAUCAAUUUCGAAUUUUUACAUUUUCGAAUUCUAGAUUUACCAAACUGCAGAAUCAAUUGGUACUAAAAAUUGUCUAAAUUUAGGGAUUUUUUUUUCAAUGCUUUUAAUUAGAUUUAUGAAAAUCAAUUUCGAAUUUUUAAGAUUUUCGAGUUCUGGAAUUAUCGAACUGCUUUUAUUUACACUGCAGAAUCAAUUGGUCAACAUUUGACCCUUGUAUUUUAAUAAGGGAUUUUCCCAGGUUUUUAAUAAUGACAUGUUUUAAUUUUUGUGCACCGUGUUUUUUUCCGUCGUUAAUUAUACAGAUAUA